AUGCGCCCCGAAGUCGAGCAGGAGCUCGCCCACACGCUCCUCGUGGAGCUGCUGGCCUACCAGUUUGCCUCGCCCGUCAGAUGGAUUGAGACGCAAGAUGUCUUUCUCGCAGAGCAACAAGCUGAGCGUAUAGUCGAAAUCGGUCCUGCCGACACUCUUGGCGGAAUGGCCAAGCGAACCAUUGGCCUCAAGUAUGAAGCCUUUGACGCCGCCAAGUCCCUUCAACGCCAGAUUCUCUGCUACAACAAAGACUCCAAAGAGAUCUACUACGAUGUAGACCCAGUAGAGGAGGAGGCCGCGGCGCCAGCUGCGGAGGGCUCUUCCAGCAGCGCGCCCGCCUCUGCUCCAGCCGCUGCCGCUGCCGCUGCUCCUGUGUCUGCUGCCCCUGCUGCCCCUAGCGCUGGGCCAGCCGCCGCCGUAGCCGAUGCCCCGCUGCCGGCUGUGGACGUAGUCAGAGCCUUGAUUGCACAGAAGCUGAAGAAACCGUUUGCUGAAAUCCCGCUCAGCAAAGCCAUCAAGGACUUGGUAGGAGGCAAGUCCACGUUACAAAAUGAAAUCCUUGGCGACCUCGGAAAAGAGUUCGGUUCGACACCAGAGAAGCCCGAAGAUACCCCCCUAGACGAGCUUGGCGCUGUCAUGCAGCAAACCUUCAAUGGCCAGCUUGGAAAGACCUCCCAGGCUCUCGUUGCCCGUCUGAUAUCCUCCAAGAUGCCUGGCGGCUUCAAUAUCACAGCCGCUCGCAAGUACUUGGAAACUCGCUGGGGAUUGGCUCAAGGCAGACAAGACGGUGUCCUUGUCCUGGCCAUCACCAUGGAGCCUGCUGCUCGUCUUGGCGGCGAGCCUGACGCCAAGGCGUUCCUCGACGAUGUGACUCAAAAGUACGCCAGCCAUGCCGGAAUCAGCCUGUCGACAGUAUCUGCCGGCGGUGACGCCGGUGGCGGUUCUGGAGGCAUGAUGAUGGACCCGGCGGCGAUUGAUGCCCUCACCAAGGACCAGCGUGCUCUGUUUAAGCAACAGGUCGAGCUUCUGGCCAGAUACCUCAAGAUGGACCUUCGCGCUGGCGAAAAGGCGGCUCAGGCAUCCCACGAAGCCUCUUCCGUCCUCCAAGCGCAAGUCGAUCUCUGGAACGCGGAGCACGGCGACUUCUAUGCUGCGGGCAUCGAGCCUUCUUUUAGCCCCCUGAAGGCUCGCACAUACGAUUCUUCAUGGAACUGGGCCCGCCAAGACGUUCUCAGCAUGUACUACGAUGUUCUCUUUGGCCGUCUCAAAGCUGUCGAUCGUGAAAUUGUCAGCCAGUGCAUCCGCAUCAUGAGCAAGUCCAACCCAAGGCUCCUCGAAUUCAUGCAGUACCAUAUCGACCACUGCCCCACCGAACGUGGCGAGACCUACAAGCUUGCGAAGGAACUUGGUCUGCAACUAAUCGAGAACUGCAUCGAGGUCAUGAACGUCCCCCCGGUCUACAAGGAUGUCGCCGUCCCGACAGGCCCUCGCACUACCGUCGAUGCUCGUGGAAACCUUUCCUACGAGGAAGUUCCACGCCCUAGCUGCCGCAAGCUUGAGCACUACGUCCAGCAGAUGGCCGAAGGCGGCAAGAUCUCGGAGUACGGCAACCGCACCAAGGUCCAGAACGAUCUCAGCCGCAUUGUGAAGCUCAUCAAGGAGCAGCACAAGAUGUCAAAGACGGCCAAGAUCGAGUUCCAGAAGCUUUAUGCCAAUGUUGUCCGCUCCCUCGCCAUGAACGAGUCUCAGAUCCUGCCAAAGGAGAGCAAGUCCACUGGUCUUACCAAGCGGGCUGCUGCCCUCAAAGCCAGUGCUCAAAACACCAAGGGCAAGGUCGAGACUAUCCCGUUCCUGCAUCUUCGUCGCCAGAACAUGCACGGCUGGGAGUACAGCAAGAAGCUGACCGGCGUCUAUCUCGACUGCUUGGAGGAGGCUGCCAAGAACGGUGUCAGCUACCAGGGCAAAUACGCUCUCAUGACCGGUGCUGGCGCUGGUUCCAUCGGUGCCGAGGUCCUGUCUGGACUCAUCAGCGGUGGCGCCAAGGUUAUUGUCACAACCUCUCGCUUCUCCCGCGAGGUCACCGAGUACUACCAGGCGAUGUACGCCAAGUUUGGCGCUCGCGGCUCUCAGCUGGUUGUUGUCCCCUUCAAUGGAGGCAGCAAGCAGGAUGUCGAGGCUCUGGUUGACUACAUCUACGACAGCAAGAAUGGUCUCGGUUGGGAUCUCGACUACAUUGUUCCAUUUGCUGCCAUUCCCGAGAAUGGCCGCCAGAUCGAUUCGAUCGACUCCAAGUCCGAGCUUGCUCACCGCAUCAUGCUGACAAAUGUUCUCCGCCUCCUCGGAUGCGUCAAGACUCAGAAGGCCGAGCGGGGCUUUGAGACCCGUCCGGCGCAGGUCGUUCUGCCUCUGUCGCCCAACCACGGCACUUUCGGUAGCGACGGUCUCUACUCCGAGUCCAAGCUUGGUCUGGAGACGCUUUUCAACCGCUGGCACGCCGAGGACUGGGGCAACUACCUCACCAUUUGCGGUGCCGUCAUUGGCUGGACCCGUGGCACUGGUCUCAUGUCGGCCAACAACAUUGUUGCGGAGGGUGUUGAGAAGUUUGGUGUCCGCACGUUCUCGCAGCAGGAAAUGGCGUUCAACUUGCUCGGCCUGAUGUCGCCUGACGUCGUCGAUCUCUGCCAGGUCGAGCCAGUAUUUGCUGACCUAAACGGCGGUCUGCACUUCCUGCCCAACCUCAACGAGACCAUGACCAAGCUUCGCAAGGACAUCAUGGAGACCAGCGAGACACGUCGUGCUGUGACUAAGGAGACUGCCCUUGAGAACAAGAUUGUCAACGGCGAGGACUCCGAGACUCUGUACAAGCAGAAGAAGGUGGAGCCUCGUGCCAACCUCAAGUUCGAUUUCCCGACCCUGCCAGACUGGAAGAAGGAAAUCGCGCCUCUCAAUGCCAACCUCAAGGGCAUGGUCGACCUUGACAAGGUUGUCGUUGUUACUGGUUUCGCCGAAGUUGGCCCCUGGGGUAACUCGAGAACCCGCUGGGAGAUGGAGGCUUAUGGUCAGUUCUCCCUUGAGGGGUGCGUCGAGAUGGCCUGGAUCAUGGGCCUGAUCAGGCACCACAAUGGCCCUAUCAAGGGUCAGCCAUACUCCGGCUGGGUUGAUGCCAAAUCUGGCGAGCCCGUGGAUGACAAGGACAUCAAGGCCAAGUAUGAGAAGCACAUCCUGGACCACUCUGGUAUCCGUCUUAUCGAGCCCGAGUUGUUCGGUGGUUACGAUCCCAACAAGAAGCAGCUCCUGCAGGAGGUUGUUAUUGAGCACGACCUCGAGCCGUUCGAGACGUCUAAGGAGACUGCAGAGGCCUUCCAGCGCGAGCACGGCGAGAAGGCAGAGAUCUUCGAGAUCCCCGAGAGUGGCGAGUACAUUGUGCGCAUGAAGCAGGGCGCGACUCUCUGGGUCCCCAAGGCGCUUCGCUUCGACCGCCUGGUUGCUGGCCAGAUUCCUACUGGCUGGGAUGCCAAGAAGUACGGUGUACCCGAGGACAUUAUCAGCCAGGUUGACCGCGCGACUCUUUUCGUUCUCGUGUCGGUCGCCGAGUGUUUGCUCGCCUCUGGUAUCACCGAUCCUUACGAGUUCUACAAAUAUGUGCACGUCUCGGAACUUGGUAACUGCAUUGGUGCUGGUAUGGGUGGCUCUAAUGCUAUCCACAGCAUGCAUGUUGAUCGCCUCAUGGAUCGUCCUGUCCAGAACGACAUUCUCCAGGAGACCUUCAUCAACACUGCCGCAGCGUGGGUCAACAUGUUGCUUCUGUCUUCCUCGGGUCCCAUCAAGACCCCUGUCGGAGCCUGCGCCACUGCUGUUGAGUCUGUCGACAUUGGCUACGAGACCAUCAUGGAGGGCAAGGCCCGCAUUUGCUUGGUUGGUGGUUUCGAUGAGUUGAACGAGGAGGGCUCGUACGAGUUUGCCAACAUGAAGGCUACCAGCAACGCCGUCGACGAGUUCGCGCACGGCCGCACUCCGAAGGAGAUGUCCCGUCCCACAACUACCACCAGAAACGGCUUCAUGGAAUCUCAGGGAUCUGGUAUCCAGCUCAUCAUGACCGCUCAGCUGGCGCUCGACAUGGGUCUGCCUAUCUAUGGUAUUCUGGCCCUCACCACCACCGCCAGUGACAAGAUUGGUCGCUCGGUCCCUGCUCCUGGUCAAGGUGUCCUCACCACUGCGCGGGAGAACGCCGGCAAGUUCCCGUCUCCCCUCCUGGAUAUCAAGUACCGCCGUCGCCAGAUCGAGCUGCGCAAGAAGCAGAUCCGGCAGUGGAAGGAGUCCGAGCUCGAGUAUCUCUACGAGGAGGUUGCUGCUAUCAAGUCACAGGGUGGUGAGGUCAACGAGAAGGAGUACACUGAGGAUCGCGCCGUCCACAUCGAGAAGGAGGCCGUCCGCCAAGAGAAGGAAGUCCUCCGCAGCCUCGGCAACAGCUUCUGGAAGCAGGACAACAGCAUUGCUCCUCUCCGUGGCGCUCUCGCCACCUGGGGUCUCACGAUCGAUGACCUUGACGUCGCCUCGUUCCACGGCACUUCUACCAAGGCCAACGACAAGAACGAGUCGUCGGUCAUCUGUGAGCAGCUACGCCACCUUGGUCGCAAGAAGGGUAACGCCGUCCUCGGCAUUUUCCAGAAGUACUUGACUGGUCACCCGAAGGGUGCCGCUGGUGCCUGGAUGCUCAACGGCUGUCUACAGGUGCUGAACACCGGCUUGGUGCCCGGUAACCGGAAUGCUGACAAUGUCGACGAGGUCAUGGAGCAGUUUGACUUCAUCGUCUACCCUAGCCGCAGUAUUCAGACUGACGGUGUCAAGGCGUUCUCCGUGACUUCGUUCGGUUUCGGUCAGAAGGGUGCCCAAGCUAUCGGCAUCCACCCCAGAUACCUGUAUGCUGUCCUUGAUGAGGCCACCUACAACGCGUAUGCUGCCAAGGUCAAUGCUCGCCAGAAGAAGGCAUACCGCUACCUGCACAACGGCAUGAUCAACAACGCCAUCUUCCAGGCCAAGGACCACUCUCCAUACACCGAGGAGCAGCUCCGCAAGGUUCUUCUCAACCCCGACGCCCGUGUCACCCUUGAAAAGAAGAGCAAGGAUCUCACCUACGCUUCCGACUUUGCGAAGCAGGCCGCCGCCGCCAAGCUGCCCAAGUCACAGAAGACCAGAGAGAUGGUGGAGGGACUCUCCAAGACACUUCAGGCUGGCAAUAACAGCAAGAUCGGCGUUGACGUUGAAGACAUUUCUGCUAUCAACAUCGACAACGAGACUUUUGUGGAGCGCAAUUUCACCAGCAACGAGAUUGCCUACUGCAAGAAGGCUGCCAGCCCUCAGAGUUCCUUCGCCGGCCGCUGGUCUGCCAAGGAGGCCGUCUUCAAGAGUCUUGGUGUGCAGAGCAAGGGUGCAGGCGCGCCGCUCAAGGACAUUGAGAUCUUGUCCAACGAGCAGGGUGCCCCUGUUGUCUCACUGCACGGCGAUGCCGCUGAAGCCGCCAAGAAGGCUGGCGUGACCGAAGUUACCGUCUCCAUUUCGCACUCGGAAGAUCAGUCGAUUGCGAUUGCUGUCGCCAGCUUUUAG